AUGACCCGGACAGGUCUGAAACAUGAUCGGUCCUUCAUCCUGAUCAAGGAUAUUGAGGCACACCCCAGCGAGCAUCUCACCAUCAAGACGCUGUCGAAGCUGUGCUUGUUCCAACCCUCCAUCGACUCCCGCCCAACGUCAGGACCAUCUCCAAUACUGCGAGUCACGCAUACACUCAGUGGCUCGGAGAUCGAGUUCCCUUUGACGCCCGUCCCACAGGCUCUGCGAGACGCCAGAGAAUUCACCAUGGAGAUCUUCGGCACAAGGGCAACGGGGCUUGAUUUGGGUGACGACAUUGCAGCUUGGUUCUCCAAACACCUGGAACAGAAAGCCAGGCUGCUUUAUAUCGGCGGAGGUGGCGAUGACGGCGCUGGGACGAGGGAGAUUGUCGCACCGCAGCUGAUUCCGCGCAAGCCAAGACAACAGACAGGCAUCCUAUCAUGGCUUAGAGCCACGGAGGGCGACCAAGACGAACUACACACGCACAAGAUCCAAUUCGCGGACGCGGCACCUCUGUUAAUCACGACAGUCUCGUCGGAAGAGGAUGCGAAGUCACGCAUCCCUAUCGACGCAGAUGCAGGGGAAGGAGAUGAGGCCAGUGACGACGACGUGAUCACCCGCUUCCGCUCAAAUAUCCACAUCGAUAACGCUGGCCAACACAUCAGUGACGACGAGAAGGAAAUGCACUCGCAGUCAGCACCCUACGCAGAGGAGCAGUGGAAGACACUUCACAUCAUGGACAUCGCAUGCGAGGAGAAUCCGACGGUGCCAAUCAGACUCGACCUCGUCUUCAGUACCGUCCGAUGCCAAUCCCUCAAUGUGGAUUUCCGCACGGGCGGGCUCGUCACGCCGGAGAGACAGCUCUUCAAGCUCCUCGCUAAAGACCGGCGGGUGAAUCCUAGUUUCCCUUACCGGCCGUGUUUCGGGCGGUAUGCGUUUGCUGAACCGUUUAGUAGGAAGAUUAGAGUUGGAGACCGUGUGGAGGUCGUGGAGUGGAUUGAAAAGUGA